AUGGUUCGAAUCACCUCCCUCGUUGCAGCGCUGACUGCGCUUGCACUUCCGUUCGUUGCGGGUCAAGCAUCGAACGAUGAUCCUCGCGGAAAGGAGUUGUAUGUCAACUACCCCUCGUGCGAUCACUACCAGUGCCAGGUGAUCUGGCACCAAAACGAAGGCGUCUACAUCAACUGGCUCAACGCACCCAAAGGUGGCUUGCGCAUCGAGCUUGCUCCUGCCGACGGUACAUCCGGUCUCAAGACAUACACUGUCACCGAUAAGGUUGGAAGCGUUCAUGGAUUCUCGAACAAGAAGUGCAACGAUAUGGGCACGGGUGAAAAGUGCGGAAGGUUCGAUUGGACUGUACCCGCGAAUGUCAAGCCCGGAAAGUAUCAGAUCGAAGUCACCAGUUUUGCCAAACCCCAACUCGUCGGUUACACCGAUACCGUCGUCAUCAAGAAGCAAAAGUCAAAGAGGGCAUGA